CACACGAGAAAAUAUUAAAAUAAAAUAAUUAGAUGUAAAAUUAGUGUUUGGGGGUGUUAGUGCAGGUUUUAGGGUCUGGUGGUGAGCUCCUCUGCAUCAUCCGCUGGAAUGUAAACAGCGGUCAUAUCACCUCUGUCACCAUUUUGCGGAACUGUUUGGGAUUAGAACCGGUCGGUGCAGAGUCUGAUCCGGAUUGUGAUGAACAUAUAUGUAUUUUCUGUCGGUUUUAGAGGAUGAGAAUACAGCCCUGACAUCGUCCUCGGAUCUGGGGGCUGAUGAUGAACGCGGAUGGAAAAGCCCUUUUGUCAGUCGUGCUCUUUUCUCCCAGCUGACGCGCAAACGUCCCGCGGCCUGAAAAGCGGAGCAGCUGGCACGGAGCGCACACGACGGAGAGGAUGAGGAGGAGGAGGAUGAUGCCGUGGCGGAGAUGAGUGGUAUUAAUAGGAGGGCUUGAGUGUCACAGGCUUUCACUGUUGAGACCGGGGGGCUUGGCGGAGAGUCGGUGGACUGGGCUUUGGGGGGGCUUCUGAUCCUGACUGUGCAGUUGGAUUAAAAAAACAACAACAAAAAAACAAGAAAACAAAACAAAGAAAAUCCAAUAACAAACAAAAACACAAACAGGAACUCGCUGCGUGGUUCGUAUCAGGAGACAACAUGGACAACGUGUUGGCAGUUCUUAAUUUGGGCGAUUUUGCCCAAGCUUUCUCCAAAAUGGGAAUGUUUCCUGUGUUUGAUCUGGCGUAUUACAUCGUGUCCAUCCUCUACCUCAAGUAUGAGCCAGGCUCAGUGGAGGUUUCUCGCCGGAGUCCCGUGGCCUCGUGGCUCUGUGCCAUGCUCUACUGCUUCGGCAGCUACAUCCUGGCAGACAUCAUGCUUGGACACAGCCCCCUCGACUAUUUCCAGCACAACAGCCACAUCCUCCUGGCCUCAGCUGUCUGGUACCUCAUCUUCUACUGCCCACUGAACCUCUUCUACAAGUGCGUGGCGUUCCUUCCCGUCAAACUGGUCUUAGUUGCUCUGAAGGAAGUCGUUCGCACCCGCAAGAUUGCCGCUGGUGUUCACCAUGCUCACCACGCCUACCACCACGGCUUCAUCAUCAUGGUCAUCGUUGGAUACGUCAAAGGAUCUGGAGUGGCGCUCAUGUCCAACUUUGAGCAGCUGCUUCGCGGUGUGUGGAGGCCCGAGACCAACGAGAUCCUCAACAUGUCAUUCCCAACCAAAGCCAGUCUGUACGGCGCCAUCCUCUUCACGCUGCAGGAGGCUCAUUGGCUGCCGGUGUCCAAGAGCACCCUCAUCCUCAUCUUCACCCUCUUCAUGGCGACAAGCAAGGUGGUGAUGACAGCCCGUCACUCCCACGGAUCCCCCUUCACCCUCAUCGAGUCCUGGGUUUGCCACCUCCUCUUCGGCUCCCCUCUGGCCGGCGCUGAAGAAGACCACCACGCCGCCGCCCCCACCUCCCCCCUCAAAACCAAGGAGGAGCUGAGCGACGGCGCCCGCAAGAGGAAGGCCAAGAAGGCAGAGUAGGACGCCGCCGCGCUGCCCAACAAAACUAAACUGCAUCUGAUUGGCCCUCAUGGCUGUCACGUGACGGGACUCCCCAUCCUCUCUGGGGAAAGGGGCAGUUUGAUGUUUUACCAAAUGAGACCCUUUCGAUUAGAGCUAAACGGUGCUUUCUGCGUUUUCCACAGCACAGGGACUCUGUAAAUACCACGGCAAAUGUUUCCCACUUCAACCCAACCCGGACGUCUCAAACCUGUUUAUUUACGUGUUCGUGAGCGUCUUCGUGAUGGCAGGAGGUGCAUGGUUCCUUUAGGGUGGCCUCCGUUCCCCUUCUGUAGGCGUGUUCCCGGGUGUCCUCGGUUUCCUUUUAGUCCAUCCACUGUGUUUCAUAAUAGGAAGAAAAUGAACACACAACUUAAUAAGCAAUCUGAAAAUCAAAUGUGAAUAAAGCAUUAUGUGAAAACUGCCGCUUUUUACAUUGAAACGACUUGAAUAAAACCAAGACAAACAUCGUG